UUGACAGAGGCAGCAGAGCUUUACACGGGCUUGUCGGCACACUCGCUCGGUUGUUAUUGUAACACCAGAGAGACCUGCAGCAUGGCGAGUCCAGAGAGAGCCCGGAGCUGCCGCUGCUCACACAGAACAAGAGCGGCGUGUGUCGGAGUCUUCAGGAUGUUAUUUAUUGCUUUUAUUCACGCGGCGGGGGCAGAUAAACAAGCAUUCAUUCAGUCAGACACAAUUCUAGAGGUUCUACAUUUUGGUGAGGGAAGCCUUUUACAGGCAGAGUCUGAUAUUGAUUUUAGUUUAUAUCAUCAACAGAGCACAUCCCCACACCGAGGGAACUGCCGACCAAUACGAUUUGAACCUCCAAUGCUAGACUUUCAUGAACAGCCUGUUGGGAUGCCAAAAAUGGACAAAGUUUAUUUACAUAAUCCUAGCUCAGAAGAAAUUAGUUUGAUAUCAAUAUCAGCAACAACGGCACAUUUUCACGCAUCCUUUUUUCAGAAUAGGAUAAUUCCACCAGGAGGGAACACAUCUUUUGAUGUAGUGUUUCUUGCUCGAGUCGUUGGGAAUGUAGAAAACACUUUAUUUAUUAAUACAUCACAUCAUGGAGUGUUUACAUACCAGGUUUUUGGGGUCGGGGUCCCGAACCCCUACAGACUACGGCCCUUCGUCGGGGCCCGGGUCCCUGUGAACAGCAGCUUCUCGCCUCUAAUAAACAUUCACAACCCGUACAGUGAACCACUGCAGGUUGUUGAGAUGUAUUCCAGUGGUGGGGAUCUGCAUUUAGAGCUUCCCACGGGCCAACAAGGAGGCACUGGGAAGCUUUGGGAGAUCCCUCCGUUUGAGACAAAGGGAGUGAUGAGAGCCAGCUUCUCCUCCAGAGAUGUGGACAACCACACCGCAUUCAUCAGAAUCAAAACCAAUGCUCCAAACGAGGACCAGUUCAUCAUCCUCCCUGUUGAGGUGGAGGUCACAUCAGCUCCUGGUAUAUACUCCUCCACAGAAAUGCUUGACUUUGGUACACUGCGAUCACAAGAUCGUCCAAAACUCCUGAAUCUACAUCUUUUAAAUUCAGGAGCAAAAGAUGUUCCAAUCACAAGUGUACGUACAACACCAUCAAACGAAGCAGUCACAGUGGACUUCAAAGCAGUCACACUGAAAGCUGGCGAGAAUAGAUACACCAAAGUGGCGAGUAUUAGUUUUGAUGCAUCAAAAGCAAGAAGACCAUAUCAGUUCUCUGGUAAAAUUACAGUUAAAGCAAAGGAGAAGAGUUAUUCCAAGCUUGAAAUCCCAUACCAGGCAGAGGUUUUAGAAGGCUACCUGGGCUUUGACCACACAGCCACGCUGUUCCACAUCAGGGACAGCCCCGUGGACCCGGUGGACAGACCAAUUUUCCUCACAAACGCCUUCAGCUUUGCAAUCCGGAUACACAAUGUGUCCCUGCCUGAAGAGGCCAAAACGAUGUUUAAAGUGCAGAACUUCAGCACGCCCAUCCUCAUCCCUGCACAUGAGUCCCGUUACAUCUUCUCCCUCCUCUUCCGGGCAGUCAGACCGUCCAUUCACAUAGACAGCAAUAUCUUGCUAAUCACAAAUGCAUCCAAGUUUCACCUGCCUGUCCGGGCUUACACCGGAUUCUUAGCGCCACUGGUCCUGCCCCCCAGCCUGAAGGAGAACGUUCUGGACUUUGGUGUCCGCAGCGCAACGGACACCAGCAGCAUCAUAUUUUUGGCGGUCAACAGCAACCCUAUCGAGCUGGAGAUCAAGUCCUGGCUGGUAACCGGAGACAGUCUCUCCAUGGAGCUGCUGAAGACGGAGAAAGGGAACGCAACAGAAGCCCUGAGUCGCCUGCUGGAGCUGCAAAGCACUUCAGCCUCACAUCACAAAACAGUGAUACUAGCAUCUGGCUACUAUGCAGCUUUCAGAGUGACACUAGUGGCCAAGGCACUCGAGGGCGUGUAUGAUGGGGCCAUUCACAUCACAACAGAUUAUGAGAUAUUAACCAUCCCAGUGAAAGCCCUCAUCGCAGUGGGGACAUUAAACAGUUCACCCAAGCACAUCAUUUUGCCUCCUUCAUUUCCAGGAAAAGUUGUUCACCAAAGCUUCAACAUCCAGAGCUCCUUCACGCAAAAAGUCCGACUGCAGCAGAUCCGCUCGCUGACAGAGGACAUUAGGUUUUAUUACAAGCGACUUCGCAACAACAAAGAUGAGUUGGAGCCCAGACGAAAAUCAAAGGUGGCAAAUGUUUAUUUUGACGCCAGCUUGCAGUGUGGUGAUCAGUGUUAUGUGGGCCUGCCAUUUGUGCUUAAAUCUGAAUCUAAGCCCCAUGGGCUGGCGUUACAGGAGGAUAUCUGGGAUGCUGAUGUAGACCUUCAUCAGAAACUCCUUAAACGUUGGAAGGAGAUCAAAGAACGCUCGGGACACAAAAUUGAAGCUGUCUUUGAGGUCAACACGGACCUGCAGAAGAACAUUGAAGCUAAAGUAACAGCAUAUUUGACCUGGCCUUCACUUGUGAACUCUUCACAGCGAAUCACGUUUCCCCUGACCAAUACAAACAGCUCCUCUGAGGAGGAGGUGAUUCUGCAGAACCCUGCAGACGUCCCGGUCUACGUCCAAGUUCUCCCACUGGCGCUUCUGCCCAACCCCUCUGUGUUUUCUGGAAAGCUGGCCGACAGGUUGCCAUUGGGAAAUCUGUCCAGUAUCAACAUUGACACAAGCACAUUAGAGUUUCAGGUUCACAGAAAUCAAACAUCGCUAAUAAGGAGCAGCUCAGGGUUUGUUGAAGGCUCAACCAGACCCUUUGUCUACAAUCUCUUACUGCUGCCUGGGGAAAUAAAGUCAUUCAGUGUGAGGUUCACGCCCAUCAGAAACCACAGCGUCUCCUCCCUUCUCAUAGUCAGGAACAACCUGACGGUGAUCGACACAAUUGUACUUCAUGGACGGGGUACGACGGAGGGCCUGAAGGUUGCAGGGAAGCCUCCAGGGCAGGGCAGCUCGCUGAGGUUUAAGAUGACUGAGGCUUUACUGAAAGACUGCACAGAGAAAAUAAAAGUCAGGGAUCCAAACUUCACCCUCAAAAGAACCUUCAGAGUGGAGAACACUGGAUUGCUCCCGAUCACCAUCAAAUCAGCAGAAAUCAACGGGCAAGCUUGUGAAGGAUAUGGAUUCAAAGUCCUCAACUGUCAAGAGUUUGCACUGAAUCCAAAUGCUUCUAAAGACCUCAUCAUACUGUUUACGCCCGACUUCACCUCAUCUCGGGUGAUCAGGGAACUGAAAUUGGUGACGCGAGGGGGCUCAGAGUUUGUGUUCAUCCUUAACGCCUCGCUGCCCUACCACAUGUUAGCUGCUUGUGCUGAAACUCUGCCCAGACCCAGCUGGGAGCUGGAGCUCUACAUCAUAGUGUCUGUUGUUAUGAGUUCCAUGUUUCUGUUGGUGAUAGUUACUGCAUACCUGGAGGCGCAGAGCAUCUGGGAGCCUUUCAAGAGGCGUGUCUCUAUAGAGUCCAACUCGAGCAUGGAGACUGGGAGACCUUUUAACCUCAGGGAAAUCGUGCAGAUUCACAGAGAUUUAAAUGACUUUAGUGACUCAUCCCAGAACUCCAGGGGAUUUUACCCCUCCAGCAAUGGCACAGCAAGAGUUGGAGGCCGACAAGGCAACAGCCGUACCUUACCAGAACCUGAUGGCCAAGACAAGAGGCCCAGGAUCCCCUUUAGCCGCUCAUCUAUGCACGCUACUCCAUCUCAGCUGCCCAAAGCAAGUUCAUCCACUGGCCAGGAUGGCCCUCCAGCUCCCUGCCAGUUAAUCAGUCGAAAAGCUCGCAACUUCAAACAAUUGGACCUUCAGAGUCAAACUGUAGCUGGGUCGUCAUUGCAGGAGGAUCCAGAAUAUUCCAGCCUGAUAGGAGCCAUGGACAACGACCUCGACCGUCCAGAGUCACUUAAUACUGAAGCUCUACAAGAGCAGAACUCUCGGGCCAUUCAAAGCGAAGUGUUAGACUCCAAACGGAAGCAGCGUUCAAAAAUAAAAGCCCCAAGAAAGAAAGGAGAAAAGGAGAAAAAAUCCAGAUUAAAGACUCAGGGAGAUGAGCUCAAAGACAACCUGGCAGACAACGACGACAGCUCCUCCACCACCACAGAGACCUCAAAUCCAGAUGUGGAGACAAACCUUAAAGAGGAACCAGUGAAAAAGAAAGGAAGGACAACAACUCCUCGAAAGACAAAAGAGGAAACUUCAACUUUCCCAAGCAAACCCAAAGAAAGAAAACAAGAAGCUACAAAAAAAGAGACCCAAACAGAAAAGUCCAGUUCUCUGGAGCUGCCAUACGUAACACCCCUGGAGAACAAGCAACGCAGGAACUUUGCACCCAAAGCUCUUCACCCCCUCAUCUCAAAGUCAAGACCUGCGCAGAAACAAAGAAUAGACGGGAAGCUGGACGAAGGGCGCCCCCUGCAUUUAGCCAAGCUGUCAUCCAGCUCCUCCAUACCGGAGUUGGGCCACAGCAGCAGCUCUGAAGGAGAGAAGGAUUAUGCUUCUCCGGAGUGGGAUAUCCCUCUUCCUAUAAACAGCCUGCAAGCAGAUAGUCUUCAGCAGAUCUCCCUCCAGACAUUAAAUGCAGAUCCCUUCCUGAAGAGGUCCGCCACAGCUGGGACCUACUCCCCUCCGCCGACCUCCCCUAGCUUAAUGUCCCGAGGCACUUACAGCAGUGUUGUGAACAGUAACAGUGAGUUGACCCAGAAAAAGGCUCCAGGAAAUAAGCUGUCUACAGGCACUCCACUCCCAGGCAAAAACCUCACCUUUGCUGCUGUAGCUGCAGGUUAUGACAAAAGCCCAGGUGGCUCCGGCCCAGGUAAAGGAGACAGCCAAGGCAAGACCCUGGCAAACAUGACAUCAGUGGAAAGCGACAGCUCAGACAGUUCUGGAUUAUGGAGUCCAAUUGAGAAAACCGGUAGUCCAAACUACCAACCUGACAACUCUUUCUCUGCUUUUGGACCCAACAGCUCCUUCAACCUGACGAGAGUUUUCAGUGGAAUGAAUCUCCCAAAGCCAUCUGAGCCUCAGCCAAGCUGGCCAGAGUUCACCACGGUGUCCUCCACCAUCUGGGACAUCCCGACCAGUGAUCCUCUGCACUCCUGGCCCAGCAGUUCCAGCUCACCGACUGCCCCAACAGCAUCAUUCAUUGGAAACGCUGGUAUUCCGUGGUCUGCAACCACGCCCUUCAGCAGCUCCAUCUGGUCAACAAGCGCAGAUUCGGCGUUACACCCUUUCUCACCUUCAACCAGUUCAGCCGCUCUGACUAAUCUGGUCAGCAGCCCCGCCCAGUCAUCGCCGACUUCCACUGAGAUGAGCAGGACCUUCAACCCCUGGAGCGCGUGGCGUCCCACCCUGAGCAGACGCAGCUCCGAGCCCUGGCCCAGCUCUUUUGACAACGGAAACUAAGCAGCAAAUGGCAGCAGUUAUCUGUAUGCUAAAUAAGUCUUUUAUAAUCAGAGAAUCCCCUCGGAAAGAAACAUUAUGUGGAGCACCACCCCACCUUUAUUUCCCUGCAGCUUUUAAUUCCAGAGGGCAUUAAUGCUAACUUUUAUUUGGGUUUGUUUUAACAAGAGACCCUGAAAUCAACAUGUGGGUGGUAUAGAAAGGCUAAUAAUGCUGCAUUCCUUUUCAAAAACUUGGCAAAACCUCUAAAGUUUAGCAUUAAACGACUUAUUUUAAGCCAUGUGCCAGCUCAGUUCUUAUUAGUUUCCAGUAAAAGCUUGUUUGAGGAGCCAAAUUUACAUCCAUUCACACUGGGAUCAUUGCACUUUGCUUUUAUUUGACAGAAGGGAUCUUUAGAAGUCUAAAAUUGGAUUGAUUUAUUUUUUCCAACCCUCAUUCCAUAAAAGUUUUAGGAAUGUUCAUGUCCAUUUUUAAAGUGGAAUUAUUUGGUCUCGUGAUCAAAAACAAAUUCCUCAGUUUGGGGUUUGAACUCUUUGUCACUGUCGUUUGUCUGCAGAUUUAAUUAAAAAUUUCAGCAGAA